AAGAUGGUGUAUACACCAACAGAAUGGCCGACGUUCACUACAGUUUCUACGAGGUAAGGAAUUUUUUCAUCCCUUCACUAUUCAGCAUAUUCCGAGAGCACAAAAUACAAUGGCGGACAAGCUGGUACGGGGUGCUAGAAAUCAGCCUGCUGCUAUGGUUUAUGUUGAUUUGAUUCUUCCAAAGUGGCUCUUAGAUCAGGAAUCUAUUUAGUUUCGUUAUAGCCUUUUGCCGUAAAAAAAAUAGAGUUGAAAAAGCUACAACCCAUUUUAAAAUAAACCAUUUUAGUUAUUAACCUUUAAACUAGAACCAAAAAAUUCAUUAUUUGUGUUUAAAAAUCAAUUUUAAUACUGUAAAAAAUCAACCAUUAAACAUAAUUAGCGAAAUUAAAUAAUUAUCUAUUAACAGAGCUAAAAUAGUUAAAAUCAGAGUUUUUUCUUAUCAAAUCUGAAAGUGGAGAAUUAGAAUGGUUAAUUUUCUUUAAUGAUUUUAUCAAUUUGUACUUUUUUAAAAAAAAUUUAAAAAAAUUUCUUUUCAGUUGGGGGAAAUACGCGGGAAAUGAGUUUGAUUUGGUUAAAGCUGUUGUCAACGACCAACGACGUGUUUCCCUCUAAAUGUUUUUCUCGUCUCUCUCUCUCUCUCUCUCUCUCGCCUAUAUUACAACUUCAUUCUCUUCUCUCUCCUCCCACCUCUCUCUUUCUCUGUCUCUACAUCUUGAUAUUGAAAGAAACAAUGGCUACGGUAAGAACAAACACACACACCUCAUCUCUUUUGAUCAUCAUCAUCAUCUUCAUCUCUCUCUGUUUGAUUUGGUGCAGGAGAACAAAGGAAGGCCAUUGCCGAAGUUUGGUGAAUGGGACGUGAACAAUCCUGCAUCGGCAGAAGGAUUCACUGUCAUUUUCAGCAAAGCUAGCGACGAGAAGAAGACCAAGAAAGCAUCUGGUGCAGUCCCUAAUAGUCAGAGAAAUCAAAACUCCGAUCAAAACAACCACCAUGAUUCUCAAAAUUCAAAACCUAAGAAGAAAUGGCUUUGCUUCCGUUGAUUCCUGCCUUCUUCUGAAGAAUCCGAGGAUCAUGAAGCUGAACAAGUUAGCAGAAGAUACACACAACACAGCUUUCUUCUCCUCUGCUGAUAUUAUACAUUUUUGUUUCUUAAUUUUAUUUUGCCCACAUUUUGGCCACAAUGGAUAUAAAGAUUUGUC